CAGCGGUACCCGGAAGAGCCGGCAGCAGCAUGGAGCGCGCAGCCGGCUACAGCCAGCGCUUUGACUGUCUGACAGAUGCGUACAGAUGUUUUCUGACGGGGUCGUGUCCCAGCGGAGGUGCUGCGGACGUGGCGGCUGUGAUACUCUCCGGGGUGUGUGCGCAGCUCUCCGGUGAGGAGGACCGAGGCUGUGCUCCUGCAGCGCGCUGCCGUGAGCUGAGCUGCGUCAGUGUGAGUCUGCUGGAGAGGAUCAGCUCCAGCCUGGCGGACCAGAGCCCGGCGGACCAGAGCCCGGCGGUCCAGAGCCUGCCUCCAGCUGUGGCGCUGUACUGCGCGGAGGUCCUCAGGGUGCUGUUUCAGGACAUGGGUCUCAUGUCGCAGCUCGUCCAUCAGUUCCAGGCUGAGGACCAGAUCAUCUCACAUCUGGCUGCCAAGAGUGUGUCAGCAUGGGUUUUCUACCAGCUCCUCAAAUCAGGUGCUAUAAGUCCUGUCUGGGAGCAGAAGUGUGUGCAGGCAUUUCACAGCUCACCCCCUGGUACUGAGUUGGAUGCCUGUCUGUGGUCGCUGACGGAGGUCUUAAAAAGACUUCUUAAAGGAGCUCAUCAAGAGAUUAUUGGGAAGCUUCUGGCAGCGUUUGACUCCAGCCUCACUGCUUUAUGUAGGUUUCUCCCUGAGGAGGGAGAGGAAAUGGCACAGUGUUUGGUGGACUUUACCAGGAGCAGACACUCAGGAACAACAUUCUGCCUCCUGCUGGACCUGCUGGAGGUGCUCACCGCAUCCAGCUUGAUAUGUGGAGCUGGCGUCUGUCUGAAGAGUCAGAGAAUGACCCACAUCCACUCCUCAGCCCUCCUUACAGUAAUCAGCUCCUCCUCAGAGUAUUUUGUCAAAAAGCGAGCGCUGCUGCUCCUAAAGAGAGCUGUGCUGCAGAAGGCUGGAGAGGACUGGGCUUUAGGAGAAGUGCCGCUCACCGGCCUGAAGUACGAGCACUUCCACUUUGAUAUGAGCAUCCUGGCUCAGAGCGUGUUGACUGCAGUGGCUGCUAAUUGGUUACAGAGCGUUCAAGUGGAGUCUGCCUCUUUCUUCGGGGGGACCAGACGCGGUCAAGGUGACGAAGGUCAGAAACCAGACUGUGUGAUGCUUAGAGCUGUCAGCCUGCUUCUUCUCAAGUCCAUGGAGCUUCACAUCCAGACAGCUGGCGGAACAGCUGGAGCGGACAGUCCUGCAGAGGUUUAUGGGUAUCUACAGAGUCUGUGGGGCUUCCUGAAGAGGAACAGCGUCCAGCUGAUGGAGGUCACUCACCUCUGCUGCUGGGUCAGCCUGCUGUUUGGAGAACAGGACGACGACAUGAUGGAGGCAGCCAAAGCUUUGCUCUCUGUGUUCCUCCAUCACAGAGUGUGCUCUGGGUUAGAUGACUUCGCUGUGCUGGAGGCAGCCUGCGCCUCCGGCUGCAACCCUCACUGCCACUUCCUGCUUCUUCUUCAGAGCAUCUCCUUUGACCACAGCAUCCUCCUCGACUUCCUCAUCUCCACUGAAACCUGCUUUCUGGAGUACUUUGUGCGUUACCUCAAGUGCCUCAGAGCUGACUGGCGGGGCUUCACCGCUGCAUGUGGAAGAAUCUGCGUGUCAGACUGCCAUCUUUCGCUCACUGCCUCACGUGGCAGUGAUUUGUUUGCACCAACAUAUAAAGGUGGGCCAGAUCGAGUUUGGUUCCAGCCCACGGGUGUUGUUUCACCAGUGGGCUCAACUUCUGGGCUCCGCCUCGUAGACUACGGUAGUUCUGACGAGUCUGAUCCAGAGACCAUGGAUUCUCAGGACGAAGCAGGGACCUCUGUAUGCGAGAAAAGUAGAUCUGGUGCCUUGGAUGUGAAACAGGAGAGCAGUGGACCACCAGUACUUAUCAGACAGAAACAAUACGAGUCCUCUCCCUCAACAGGAUUACUCCGUGAGGACCGAAGACCAGAAGGGUCAUCACUGCUGGUGUUACACAAUGAGCAGACACCAUGUCCGAACACACCGCCUCCGUCAGGACAGGUGAACUGUGAGACAUCAGCCAGAGCAGUCCUCUGUCUGUCAGAGCUCAGGGAGGUUGUGACAAAGCUGCAGACAAAGAAACUCUUCCCAUACAACCCUUCGUCACUCUUGAAGCUCUUAGCACAAAUACAGCAAUCACAUCUGUCACAGUUCUAGAAAUGAAUAAAAAUACAUUUAAUUUGUGUUUUGUUCUGUUUAAUGAGGUGAUGCAGCAGCCUUGGGUUCGACUCCAUCCUCCGUUCCUCUGCCAGAUGUUAUCCUCUCUCUGUCCCCCAUUUCCUUCCACUCUUCAGCUGUCAUUAUCCAUUAAAAUCAAUAAAAGCCAAAAAUAGUAUAUAUAUAAAUAUG